AUGAGGAAAAUUCUUCAAACGACUCAUUUCUCCACCUGCACGACACAGGUAUGCCUUGUGAACUGGUACGUUUCGUCGUCCCUUGGUUAUUAUUAAAUUCUUGAAUCAUUCGAAGGAAAGUGCCGGUCAAUUGUUCUCACUAAGGCAACAGGGCCUUUUCGUGUUAUUUAUGCUUUUUUGCUGUAUACGCUUUCACUGCAUAUUUGCUAUCUCGGAUGGUUCUUUAAAUUAGAUGUUUUACUUUAGAAAAAGAGUCCAGCUAGUUUUCGGUCUCAAAAAGUGUUGCUGUGGGUUUCUUCGAUGACCAAAUAAUCAUGCACAUUUAUCUGGGUUUACAGACAUGCGAAUCGAAGGAUGAAAGACUCGAGAUGGAAAAGACUCAAAUGUUCUUCCAGAAAAAGUGGCCCAGGAGGUUUCUGCGUUUUGCUAAUCUGAAAACGGAGGUUCUUGCAAAAUAUACCGAAAACAUAAUGAGCUUCCAGUAGCAGACCACAGUAUGAUGGACAAGGAAAUGUUGCACGGAUGUGAUUAAACUCUCAGCCCCCGAUCAUGGCAUCAUAGCUCAGGCGGUUAGAGCGUUGUCUUCACUCAAACUUUGCGCUUACUGUCGUGUGUAUGAAUCACACUAAGGGCGCAGAGUUUUUUAAAAUUAUGAUCAGAUGAAUUAUUAAAAUCUGUUAAAACCCAUAAGGUACGUGACCUAUCUCAUGAAAUAUGAUAACGGAAACUGGUUAGAGAAUUUUUGGACGCCUUUAGCGUGGCGCAUUUUGUUCGCUCACCCACAUCUUUCAAUAAAAUGUCCUCUUUUGUUCAGAAAUUGUGUUUGCGUAAUUAUAUCAAUUGAAAUAUCAGCAGAUUUUAGCGAAAAUGGACGUUGGUUUAUAUUCGUGCAAUUUCCUAUGCUAAUACAUGUCCUAGACUCCAGUUACGCAUCUGAGUGACUUUUUCAUUGAAAGGAUAAUUUACCCGCGAGAAUUUUAAUAAAUAGAUUUCGCCGGACUAGAAAUUUUAUUUCAUGUCCGAUGUUGACCAUGGUUAUCAAUCUCCUAACAAAAAGUUUAUUUUAAGAAAACCAGAUGUUUUAUCAAUUCCUUUAUAUCAAAUUAGCAGAUCUGUGCGAAUUGGUACCCCAAGGUGCAAUAAUAACGCAGAUAGAGAUUCCUUCGUUUAAGUGGGCUGAAAUAUUUUGUCAUUUGGAAAAUUACACCUGAUGUUACAUAGGUGACCACCACGGAAUGGUCAUUUCUAGCUUUAAACAUAUAAAACAAAAAAUGUCGUGUACUUCAGUUUCUGUGCAUAUCCUAUUCAGAAAUAGAGCUUGUAAAACAUUUAUAGUUUCAGCAAAAUAUCAGUAUUUAUAUGGCCACGCUGCUGUGAAUUCAUACUCGAAGAACGGAGUCUAAAAGCGAGCAAAAACAGUGGAAAUGGCCUCAAUGUAUAGAGGAAGGCAUCUUUUUGCGUUUACGGCAGGAAAAUAUUAGUAUUGCUUAGGAACGCGAAAGAAACCGUCAAGAGUGUCAAAUUUUACUUGGCCUCGCCGUGCAAAAUGGCAAAGUACACAGAGAUCCGUCGACGGAGUGCAGUAAUAAAGCACUCCCUAAAGAGGUAGCCUAUUAAGGAAAGUUUUCUAACUGAUCCAAGGCAUGUUCGUUGGUGACUUUCGUUGUGGACAGUCGUUCUUCCCGAAAAUAAAGUUUGAUUUUUGAAUGAGUCUCCAAAUAUGACCCAAACAACCAUCUUCGUGAAAAGGAGCGCCUAAACACUCCGUCAUUCGGUAAAUGCCUUCAAGAACAAUCUUCUUUUAAAGUUCUCAACAGACAGGUAAUUCAGAAUCUGUCUUUAUGGACAAUCGGGUGAAAACACUGAAAAUCAUGAAGUAUUCAGCAAUAUUUCGAGGCCGAUCUGAAACUCAACGUAGUCCAAAACGAAAGAAGAGUAUAAAUUAGUUUAACGGGAGAAAAGUUCUCUCUAUAAACACAAAAUAGUAUUAUGACAGUGGGCGCUCGCCGAUCAGGUUACGGAACAUGCUCGUUCCGUUGUGCCUUGGGGCUCAUACUUAAACCCUCGCAGGCAGUCGCACAGCGACUAGUAGUAGACAUAGAUGAGAUGGAGCCGACAAAGACAAGGGAGGCCGGAAUGGCCAUUUCUGGCUUAUUAGCCGUCAUCAGCCAGUCAUACCCAACCCCAAGUGUGGAUCACUUGAGAUUCGAACCCGGGAUCUUUGGUCAUGGAGUUUGACGCUCUACCAUUGAGCCACGGGCCCGUUGUCCUGUCGGUUGUGAUCGGGAAUAUCAAUUAUGACAGUGGGCGCUCGCCGAUCAGGUUACGGAACAUGCUCGUUCCGUAGUAUGUGUACGAUCGCGUCUGUCAGUUCUAUUUAAAUUUAUUAGGCACCGACCGGCCUCAUGGCAUAUCACCUUAUGAAAACUUUUGUUUCUACGACGUCCCCGUCGGUGGAAUCAAGCAGAAUCCAGUUUCUCUUGUUGAACCCCAUCUCAUUUAACUUUACAUCGUUAAUGAAAUUAUGAAACACAGGAAAACUGUUUUGUAAUCUAAACCCAGAAUGUAGACAGUUGACAAACCGUCAUAUAUGAAGUCACACUCCUUAUUAAACGAUUUUGAUAUGCAAACAUCAAUGAAACGCUGUUAUUAGACGUGAUUUUAUGUCUACUUUCCUAUUUACUACGUGUUUGGUAUGAGAAUACAUUCUAUGCAUCUAAAAAGGAAGUUUACUAAAUUAGAGCCAUUUCUGACGUUCUCGGGAUAUCGCGCUUUUAAAAAUAAAUCGACAUUUCUGUACAACGCAACACUGCCUAUAAUAUUUCUGUUACGUUUUUAAUUCUUUUAAACUUGUACUUAAUUAACAUAGCCAUUUGUCUCAUGAAAUAGUGUCGGUUUGCGAGUGAUUGGCAAUCAUUCUUAAAUUUCGACACAUUUCAUGGGUUGGGUCACGCACUGGAAGUGUUGAAAUUAUCCGAAAGAGGAUCGAAAAUAUUGUGUUCACUCUCGUAUUCUAUCUCCUUAAGAGAGGCCGUAAUAAUGGACAUUCGAUAACUGGGGUUAAUAGAAAACAAGAGGGGAUCUAGCUCGAAGUCUGAAGAGGCGAUAAAAAGAACAGUUUUAAGUUUUUCAUAAUAACUAUAAAGGAUGAGAAGAGAGAGACGAAUGGUGAGGAUGAGGUUAAGAAGAAGAAGAAGAAGAAGAGGAGGAGGAGGAGGAGGAGGAGGAGGAGGAGGAGGAGGAAGAAGAAGAAGAAGAAAAAGAAUAAGAAGAAGAAGAAGAAGAAGAAGAAGAAGAAGAAGAAGAAGAAGAAGAAGAAGAAGAAGAAGAAGAAGAAGAAGAAGAAGAAGAAGAAGAAGAAGAAGAAAGAAAGAAAGAAAUCGCUUUAUCGCGCUGGCCCGAUUGUGGGGGCGAAAUAG